AUGAUAGACGCAGUAAAAGAUUUUUUAUCUCCCAAGAGAUUCGGUGUGGUAUCCUACAUAUGCCUGAUAGUUCAUUUCCUUUCUGGAAUGGCAUUUAUAGGUGUUACUUUGGAAUUAAAAAAGGGCGAGUUCGGGAAAUUCUCUUGUACUGUUGAUACAAAGAGCACAGUAGUGUACAAGAAUUACGUCGAGAAAACAUGUUAUUCAAGAUACGAACUGACUUAUAACUCUCCUCUACCUUUGUACGGCUUUGUUUUACUGAGUACUGGGUUCACAGUUCUUGUAGGUGUUGCUUAUUCACUUGCGGUAAGCCAUCGUGUCGAGGAAAUUGACAGAACCUCGGACGGAAGUGAUGAAACAAGAACCGAUAGGGAAGAAGCGAGCCGUGGAUUUUAUGUUUUCUACUUCUAUUUCUUGCACCUUGUUGUCCGUUCGUUAUUUGGAAUUCUAUUUACUGUUCUGCAAUAUAUAGUAUUUUAUCCCCGUGGAUUUGAUUUCGAAUUCAGUUGCAAUCUGCCAACAUCAGAUGUACCUUCGCAGACACGAAACAAUACGAGGAUUGGUAAGUUAAAUAAUACUUCAAUAGCAUGCGAGAACUCUACCGCAUCCGAAAAGCAGUUGUGGAGCAUGAUUGUCUCUGUAUUAAACACUGCUUUUGCCUUGAUAAUACUUGGGGAAGUGAUUUAUCUUUGGCGACAGUUUCCAAUCCUCCACUGUCGUUCUGAAGUUGGCUGGAGCUGUGACAGUGAGUUUAUUACUGUUUAUCUUCUUCGUAAGCAAUAUAUGCGAGUUGAGCUUCGACUUUCGACCAUGGAUAAUGACACUCCCACACUAAGUAUCACUCCAGAUAAUAACAUUGCGGACAGUAGCACUUCAAAUAAUAGCAUUCCAGAUUAUAACAUUGCGAACAGUAGCAGUUCAGAUAAUAUUAUUACGGACAGCAGCACUCCAGGUAAUAUCAUUGCGGACAUUAGCUUUCAGGAUUGUUCAGACUAUUACAGACAACAAGUUUUGAACCGUCCUCGUGCGCAUGACUUAUCGCAUGAACAAAAAACAGAUUUAGAUGAUGUCUAUAUUGACGUUAUUAUUCACACUAAACGAGCACCACACAUAUUUUCAAAGGAAAUGGAGAGGCAUGAAAUAUUCGAUGUUUAUAUGAAGGUUCCUAAAAACUCCAUACGGCUGGAAAAGGUAAGAGAUUUAUUUUAUCCCAAUAAAGAUACGAAAGGCAAUUCCCCUCGCACCAUUCUGGCGGUUGGAAGGCCUGGAAUAGGCAAAACUGUCUUGACGGAAAAAAUUAUGCGUGAUUGGGGAAAUGGAAUUGAUGAAUUCUAUAGAGGCAAAAUUGCCUUCUGCCAUAAAUUUAGAUGGUUCAAUUUUGAACCAGAGAAAAACUUAUCUCUUAAGACUUUUCUUCGCUACGGUACGGACCUCAGCGAAGAAAAAUUUGAAAGUAUUUUUCAAGAGAUUUUAAAGGAACCCCAGAAAGCAGUUUUUAUUUUUGAUGGUUUGGAUGAAUUCAAUGGCGACAUGGAAAACUGCUUAGAACAGUCCCAAAUGCUUCCAAACGAUCCCAAUGCUUACAUGUCUGGAAUGACAUUAUUCAUUAAGCUCGCUUACGGAAAAGUGUUACAAGGAGCAACUAUUAUAGUAACGAGCAGACCGACUGCUAAUGAUUUUUAUUCGAAACUUCAUUUUGAUCGAAGCGUUGAGAUAAUUGGUUUCACUUUAGAGAAAAUUCAAGAGUAUGUCAGCAGAUUUUGUGACAAUAGUGACAGAGGUGACCUUAAACCAAAAGUUUGGAACCACAUAAAAUCCUCGUCGGACUUAUUGAAUUUGUGUUACAUCCCUGUCAAUUGUUUUAUUGUUUGUGUCACUUUGUCAGCAUGUCUCAGCGAUUCUGAAAAUGACACGAGUGCUCUUCCCACAAGAUUGACUGAACUUUACAAUGCGGCCAUAGCUCACUUUGCGAAGGAGCACGACAGAAAUUCAAACGAAACCUUUUCCAAACAAACGGCAAUGGAUCUUCAGGAAUUAGCAUUCCGUGGUAUGGAAAACGGGCAAUUGGUUUUCAACAAAAAAUAUUUCCAUGAAAGAAUGAAAAGAUCUGGUUUGAUAAACAGUUUAUCUAAUCCUAUCUCCCCAAUUCAAACACAGUUUUGCUUCGUACACUUAACCAUACAAGAAUUUCUUGCCGCAAAACACGUGACUGAAACACUAUCACCGGAAGAGAUAGAGAAGUUCAUUUCUGCUCACAUUGGCAGUGGUUAG